CAUAAUUAAAACGGAAGAGGAACACUGGAAAAGAAAAGCCGAUGAAAGAUGGGUGAUGGAGUACGUGAGCUACUUGGAGAACCAUCGAAUUAACAUUAACGUUAGACAAGUUACUAAAGUUUGAUGCUCCAUAGGUGAAUAAUGUGGUUAUUAAAGUGAUUUUUUUUGCUGUCUGUCUUAAAAAAGAAUGGGUAUACCAGCGAAUUUCCGUUUUCAAGUUUUGAUUCCAGUGAAUGGAAUUUGUACGGUUUACAGACGCAGUGUGAUCUUUUGUAAAUACGGCGUGUAGUGAUGUACUGGUGUGAUUUCUGGGCCGGAUGGAUUGGUGGUAUAAGUGGCAUUAUUGUCGGACAUCCGUUGGAUACCGUCAAAGUUCGUCAACAGACCCUAGGAUCCUCUCGAAGAUUGGGAGUCCUGAAAACAAUUCAAACUACUUUUCGGUAUGAAAAAACUAGAGGCUUUUUCAAGGGCAUGGAAUUUCCAAUUUUAUCAAGCGGCAUUCUCAACUCGCUCAUGUUUGGGACGUAUGGUGUGUGUAUGGGAGAAAUCAUGAAUAAGCGGCAUCAUGAAGCCCCCACAGCGUUGGAUGCAUUUAUUUGCGGUUGUGCAGGCGGUUUCGUGACAAUAUCCUUGUGUUGUCCCGUCGAAGUCGUCAAAGUGAAGCUUCAAUUGCAAACAGCUGAAGGCGCGGCUGUGAACGUGUGGGGGACAACGAGUGUCAAGCAUUAUCGAGGACCCUGGGAUUGCGUAAAGGAUUUGUGGCGAAUGCACGGUUUGAAAGGACUUUAUCGCGGCAGUGGUUGCAUGCUGUAUCGUGAUAUUCCGUCGGCUGGGCUCUAUAUGGCUGUGUAUCAAGGUCUGUUGAAUGAACUCGGAGACCGGCCGAUUGUUCAUGCCCUGGGUGGAGGUUUAGCAGGUGUGCUAAGUUGGGCCUCGAUCAUUCCCUUUGAUGUCGUCAAAUCUCGGCUACAGUCGGAUGAUUUCCAGAACAAGAAAUACCGUGGAACUUGGGAUUGCAUGAAGCAAAGUGUGAAAAGCGACGGGUUUUCUGUUCUGUUCCGGGGAUUCUCCGCGGCGGUUCUGCGAGCUUUUCCUGUGAAUGCUGCGAUUUUUUAUGCCUAUGGAUGGACAAGGAAGGAGUUUUUCACAAUGAAUGGCGGUGAUGCAAUUGACGUACGUGAGCGUCAUUCGAACAAAGUGUCGAGAAUAAUGGGCGAUUUGUUGCUGAAAGGUUACAAAAUGCUAGGAUCAUCUUGCGAAGAUUGUUCGAAUGUGCUUCUUCAGGAUCGAUCGGGUUCGCUUCUCUGUGUUUCUUGUGAGGAGAUGAAGAAACUCGCUCCUCCUCCUGCAAAGAUUGAGAACACGCUUGCAGAACCGAAAUUCCAGACCAUUUCUGAUGAUGAAGACAAAGCCUUGGCUCAGGUGAAAGACGCCGUGUGCAAAAAGUUGACCUGGGCGUCUGAGCAACUCGAGAAAAGUGAUGUUUCGGACUCGUUGAGGCUCGUCCAGUUGAUUGGAAACAUGCUUGCUAUACUUCAGGACAUGAAGAAAUAA